AUGGCCAGCUACCUCGCCAACAAAGUCACCAAACGCCUCGUUUCGGGUCAUGCCAAAAAGUACGAGCCUGAAGACCCGCUUUACGAAUUCUACACCACUGCCGAUGGCAAACAGAAACGACGCAAACGAGCCCUUCCUCCCGGUCUCACACGCAAGCAAGCCAAGUUGCUCCAAAAGAUCAAGAAACGCGCUCACUACCUUGACAAAGGAUUCUCCAUCUGUGGCUUGCGUUUCGGUUGGACUUUCUUCAUCGGAAUUGUCCCCGGUCUUGGUGAUCUAGUCAAUGCCCUGCUCAACCAUACUUUGGUGGUACGACCGGUGAAGAAGGAGCUGGAUGAAUUUCCGGACUGGUUGAUCAGACAGAUGAUCGUCAACAAUGCCAUUUCGACGGGGGUUGGGUUCGUUCCACUGGUGGGUGAUGUUGUGAUGGCUGCUUGGAGGACCAAUUCGAGGAAUGCGAAGUUGUUGGAGGAGUUGUUGAGGUUGAGAGGCGAAGAGAACAUUGCGAAGGGACUGUCAGAUCUGACACCGAGGGCGCCACAUGACACUCAUCCGGCUCAGAGUGCGGCACAGAGCCAUGUGCAGCAGUCGACGGGAGUUGCGGCGGGACGAGGAAGGAGCACGGUUGGCAACUCAAGCUCGAACCUCGUGCAGAACAACAUCGGAAGGAAUUAG